AUGAUAUUCACUCAGAAAUCAGUAUCUGUCAGAAUCAAAAAGCCCGCGCCGCCAACUCAGCCUCUCGCCAACGUGGAACUGUCUCGCGAGAUCGUCGGUCUUCCCCUCUUAGACAGGGGACAACCGGAACUGAAUCCUGUAGGGGUCACGAGAGCGAGUCCAGCCGGGACCAGAGGAGAGAAGGGUGACAGAGGAGAGAAAGGUGCGAAGGGGGACCGGGGUAUCGCAGGACCCAAAGGGGAAGCAGGAUCCGCCUUUGCUGGGUCUGGGUCUUCAGAGACAGGCCACAAGGGAGAAAAGGGGGUGAAGGGCAGCCCUGGCAUUGGUUACAAAGGUAACAAAGGUGAUCGUGGGCUCCCAGGACCUCAAGGGCCUCCUGGAGCCCCAGGACUUGGAGCAGAGGUGGCCCGGCUCGGGGAUGGCUCUAUAGUACAGCAGGUCUCUGGGCCCCAGGGAUCACCAGGAAUUCCAGGUCUAGAUGGGGCUCCGGGACCUCGAGGAGCAGACGGAGAACCAGCAGAUCCAGGAGAAGAUGGGAAAGUUGGGCCAAUGGGCCCUCGAGGGCCCCCCGGGAGCAAAGGAAGCUCCGGAGACAAAGGAUCGAAGAUUUCUCCCAACGUGUUUCCUGCGAACUGCACUUUGUACAGGCGCCCGGGGUUCCAGGCCUCUCAGGCCCCCCUGGCUCCCCCGGGCACAUCAGGUCACUUUUGGAGCCAAUGGGCCAGGGCGGUUGGACCGCCUGACCGCCAGGACAGGAUGGAGUGCCUGGUUAUUCCUAGGUCCCUCCUGGGCACCCGCCUACGUAAGUUCCCCUCAGAGCAUGACCAAACAUGGAUUCCUCUGAAAGCUCCGAUCACUCACGACGACCUGUGA